UAAUUAUAUGUAUUUUUUUAUUGCACCAACCAGCAAAAGUGUUAAUAUUAAUCUACUUCUUCAAAUUAUUCUCUUGAAUGACAUUUGGAUAUUCAUCAGAAUUGAUUCAUUCAUUCAUUCAUUUCCAUGUUCUUCUCUUUCUUCUAUUGCAAAUAAAGAGAAAGAGUUCAUAUUUCUAAUUCUGAUCAUAAACCCAAUUCCCAAUCUUCAUAUAAGUCCCCAGAAAGUUGGGAUUUUGACUGGUCUUUCAAAAAGACUUCAACUUUCUCUGUGUCUGUCCCUUUUGGUGGUGUGGAAGAUACGAUUGCUGAUAUUGGAGUUAUUGUUGGGAAGGUGCGCGCUAAGUCUAGUUGGGAUGAUGAUUGAGAGUCCUAUCAGGAUGUUAGAGAACGAUGACUCAAAAAAGUGGCCACCCACUAUAGAUUCCGCAUUAUUCUCUUCACCUUUCAACAAUGUUGCUGGUCAUGAAGCCGUAAGCAAAGUACCAAAGGAGAGUAUCCUCUUUGAAGGAAAAAGACGCAUGGUGCCUAAUAGAAGUGGUAGUGCUCCACCAACCGUUGAGGGUUCCCUUGCUGCCUUUCGGGCUUUCAUGUAUCAGAGACACUCAACUAUAGCUAGCAUUGACCAAAAGAUAUUAGACUCUGAGUCGGAAGAACAAAUGCGAACUGAUCCAGCUUACAUUGCUUAUUACUAUGCUAAUGUUAAUUUGAAUCCAAGGCUUCCUCCUCCUCUAAUUUCACAAGAUAAUCGUCACUUGGUGCGUCUUAUGGGAUCUUUUGGUGGUAAACCAAAUUCGGGUACUGAUGCUUUGCUGGCUACUCAUAACGAGGAACCUGGAGAACCCAUGUCUCUUUGCAAACCUUCUGAUGAUCAGAAUGGAAGUUUUGUGCAUGCCACGAAGAUGGCAUCUUUAGUUGACCAUUACGAAAGUAGUGUCAAUUUAAUGGAGGGGGACAUUCAGGAUUCAUCUUCUGCAUCUAGUACAGCGGUCAAAGGAGAAAAUGAUCAUGAAAGUGGCACAGUUUCAACAGCUGACCAUAUACUUAAAAUGCAGGACUUAUCUUCUGCAUCUAGUACUUCUGGUAAUGUGCAUACCAUGAAUUCCUCUAACAAUUUCUCCGUGUCAACUGCUUCUUACAGCAGAACUGUUGACUUAGAGGAUAAUGUAUCGGUUCAAAGUAAUAUUGGGUCAGAUAUUUCCGUAGUAGAGUCAAGAAUGAAAUCAUUGGAUGUGUCAGGGGAAAUAAUGAUAGAGAAUGAUCGAAAAAAACGUGACAAUGUACACUUGUAUGAUAAGAAUAGGCUUCUUCCUCACUCUUCACAAGACACAACAUAUCCACCUUCUGGAUUUCAAGGUUAUGCUAUUCCCCGAGGAACUAGUGCCGCCCAAAAGUUUAUUCCAGUGCAUCAGUCGUUCAUUCCUAACACAGGGCUGGUACCGAUACCUCCAUUAUAUGCAUCAACGGCCGUCUACAUGAGUUCAGGAAAUCAUUUUUACCCAAGCGUUCCGCAGCCUGGCUUCUCUAGUCCACGAUUAGCAUUGAGCGGGUACGGCGUGAAUUCCAUGUUUCAUCCUCCGUUUGGCGGUGGAUACCUUCAGGGCAAUGCAUUUCCACCGCCAGUUGACGCCUAUUCCAAGGUGGCUUUUUUCAAGCAACCUAUGGAGACUUUAUCCGGUGAGGUGAACCCAUAUACAAGUCAAGCUCUACGGCCUCCUUUUGGUGGCCCGCUUCAAGGUCAAUGCUUUCGACCACUCUAUGACAAUGAUCACACAGGUACUCUUCACUUCCAACUGAAUGCACGUGCAUCACGAGAAGACGCUGAUGCAGCUUCUUUGACAACUGAUAAAGAACUUAAUUUUUCUGCAAUGCGAAAGCCGAGCUUUUCCACUCCCGAAAGUAGCACCCACAUUAGUGUUCCCUACUAUGGCUAUCCUCCUAGUUUAGGGGAGUCACGAUUUCCAGCUCCUUCUACUGCGCUACCAGGAUCGUCCUUUGCUAAAAAUAUUCAUCAAGGGCUAGGAAAUGACACCAGUGCUUCACUAAAUUCACCGAAAACUGCGUCUACAUUUUCCGGAUGGAAAGGACAAAGAGGAUCCGAGAGUUCUGAUAAUCCUAAAAGGCUGAGCUUUCUCGAAUUACUUAAAUCCUGCAGUUCGAGGACCCUCGGAUUAUCAGAUAUUUCUGGCCAGAUUGUCGAAUUCAGUAUUGAUCAACAUGGUAGCCGAUUUAUUCAGCAAAAACUAGAGAACUGUGAAAGUGAUGAGAAGGAUUCGGUUUUCAAUGAAGUUCUUCCGCAUGCUUCAAAACUAAUGAUCGAUGUAUUCGGAAAUUAUGUUGUUCAAAAGUUCUUUGAGCACGGCACUGCUGAACAGAGGAGAAAACUUGCACAUGAACUUACGGGACAAGUUUUGACCCUAAGUUUGCAAAUGUAUGGUUGUCGUGUGAUCCAAAAGGCUAUUGAGGUAAUUGAGCUCGAUCAGAAGGUGAAGCUUGUAAUGGAGCUUGAUGGGCAUGUUAUGAGAUGUGUGCAUGAUCAAAAUGGAAACCAUGUGAUACAAAAAUGUAUUGAAUCUGUCCCAACCGAGAAAAUUAAAUUCAUUAUUUCUUCAUUUACGGGGCAAGUUGCUACACUUUCUUGUCACCCCUAUGGUUGCCGUGUCAUUCAGAGAGUUCUAGAACAUUGUUCAGAUGAGCAAAUAAGUCGGUCUAUAGUUGACGAAAUCCUCGAAUCUACUUCUACUUUAGCUAAAGACCCGUAUGGAAAUUAUGUUACUCAGCAUAUUUUGGAGACAGGAAUGCCGCAUCACAGAAGCCAAAUAAUCCGCAAGCUGACUGGUCAAUUUGUACAGUUGAGUCAGCACAAAUUUGCAUCCAACGUUGUGGAAAAAUGUAUAAAAUAUGGCGAUGAUCUGGAACAAGAUCUUAUAAUUGAGGAAAUCGUUGCACGGUCUGGCAACAAUGAAUCACUUUUGAUGAUGAUGAAGGAUCAAUUUGCAAAUUAUGUAGUCCAGAAAAUUUUUGAGAUUGGCUCUGAUACGCACAAGCACACAUUGCGGAAUUAUAUGCGCUCACAUCUUUCUGCUUUGAAAAAAGUCGCGUAUGCAAAGCACAUUGUUUCUCGCUAUGAGCAGUUAGAAGAACAGGAGCAGAAACAGUGUGCCAAGACGGCCGAUAGCAUUCCGACUGCCUCUGAAUGAGAUUAUUUGUAUCUCAUAUGCUAACGUUACCUAGACGACACUCAUGAAAACCUUUGAUUAUCGCUCCUGGUUUGAAGAUAUUACAGGGAGUUUGAUGAUUUUCGUAAGUAUGAUACCGAAGGACCGAUGUUGUUUGAUUAGUGUGCAGAUAUGUUGUAAAUCCAUCUUUCUUUUGCUGUUUGUCUAUUCCAACUGUUGGUAUAUCCUUUAAACUUAUACUACCUCCGUUCCAUUAUACUUGCCGCUGAUAGUGACAUUUUACCACACAACAUUGAGGUGCGAGUAUUUCAGAAUGAAGGAUGUGUCAUUGUAAGAAUAAUUCUUUCCAGUUACGGCCUGUAACCUAUAUAUUUCCGACAUUUAAUAUCAGCUAAUUUAUGCUAUAUAUACUUCUAUUUGUAAGCACACAGUCCUUCGUAUAUUAAUCAAAUUAGUUUCCAUUGAAA